GGCGAGUUCGCCCAAUUAUUACCACCAGGAGCAGUUAUUACUACUCCGGCACUACAACAACAGCGGGGACAAUGAAAACGACCGACGCGCCGGGGAUACGGCUACGAGGAGAAGAACGACGGCGGCGACCAGGACAGUAACAACGACAACAACAACAACGGCGGCGGCGGCGCCAGGAUUAUUACCAGCAGCGUCGUCGUCCACGGUUAGAAGCGGGCACGCGACGACGGAGCUGGCACAGCGCGAGAUCCCGGUCGAUCAGCAGCCCCCGGCACGGCUGGAGCGGGGGAUUAACGUGACACAGCCUUGCAAUGUGCGCGAUGCCGCCGUCAGCGACCACCACCACCACCACAACAGCAGCAGCGCGCGCGAGCCGGCGGUUGGCUCCACGCAGCGCGAGACGGUUGCCCCCGCGGGGCGCGAGGUCUCGGCGGCGCGAGCGGCAGUGGCGGCGGCCAGCACCACCGCGACCGCCACCACCUCGACCACGAUGGAUUGUUACGAGGACGUGAGGAAGUACGGCUACAUGAGGAAGCAGAAACACGGCCACAAGCGCUUCUUCGUCCUGAAGGGGCAGAGCCACCUGGGUCCGGCCAGGCUCGAGUACUACGACAGCGAGAAAAAAUGGAGAAACCGAUCGACCGCCCCCAAGAGGGUCAUCCUCCUCUGUCAGUGCUUUACGGUCAGCAGGCGAGCCGAUGCCAAAAGUAAAUACCUCGUAGCCCUGUACACAAAAGAUGAGUACUUUGCCAUGGUGGCAGAGAACGACCAGGAGCAAGAGAGCUGGUAUUUGGCUAUAAGUGAACUAAUGAAUGAAGGGAAGAAGGCACCGCUGGAGCCCGACGAAGUCGAGAACUAUAGUAAUUUAACUCCAGGCACCGUCUUCAAAGAAGUGUGGCAAAUUAAUGUGAAGCCCAAAGGGCUGGGGCAAACCAAGAACCUGACAGGGGUGUACAGGUUGUGUCUUUCUAGCAAGAUGAUCCAUUUUGUUAAAAUCAAUUCUGACGUGCCUUCUGUGCAUUUGCAGCUGAUGAACAUCAGGAGGUGUGGUCAUUCUGAGAACUUUUUCUUCAUUGAGGUUGGCCGUUCUGCCUCUAUUGGGCCUGGUGAGUUGUGGAUGCAGGUGGACGACUCAGUAGUGGCUCAAAACAUGCAUGAGACGAUUUUGGAGACAAUGAGAGCUUUGAAAGCUUUUACUGAGUUUCGUCCUAGAAGUAAAAGCCAAUCCUCUGGAACAAACCCCAUAUCAUUUUUGACUCGAAGACAUCUUGGUAAUUUACCACCAAGUCAGACUGGAUUGCAAAGGCGCUCCAGGACUGAGAGCAUGACUAGUGCCUCUGCAUCAAGAAGUGAAGCAUAUCGUUUUCGAACAUCCAGUGAAGGUGAAGGUACGAUGACACGACCUUUUGGAUCUGUAACUGGUAGUUUAAUCCACUUAAAUUCCGCAAGGAUGGGCUUAAGCAGGGGUGACGGAGGUGGAAGAUACGUAAAGCCGCCUUUUGGUCCCUCGAACCAUAGUCGGUCGGUGUCUCUGCCUGUUACAUACCUACCAUCCACGACAAGCCCUGUAAGUGUUUCUUCCAGCAGUGGACAUGGUUCUGCAUCUGAUCCUCUUACACGACCAUCUAGUUCAUCCAUUUGUGGUUCUCCAAGUGAUGGUGGAUUUAUUUCCUCUGAUGAAUAUGGAUCAAGUCCUGGGGACUUUAGAUAUUUUCGUGUACGGAGUAAUACACCAGAUUCACUUGGUAAUACGCCACCUAUUCAAGAAGAAAACUGCUUGUGUGAUUAUAUUUCAAUGGACAAACAUUUAAAUGCUGUAAAUCAUGAAGGCAGAGCAAGAGAUGAUUAUGUGGUUGCUGAGAAAGGGUACAGAAAGAGAACCCAUUCUCUGACCAGUUCCGGUGCUGUCGUAAUGCAUCAAAAAACAACGCAGACAACUUCAUCUUUGGAUGAGUCUAAUGUUGAUUCAAAUGGUGUGGUUAUUAAUAGCCAAUUGUCAUGUUCUGCCUCACCAAAGUUGACCUGUAAUUCUUAUCAUGAAGAUUACAGUGAUAUUGAAAUUGGGCCAUCAGUAAACCUAAACCAAAACCAAAGCAAAGCAGGAGGUGAUGGUUAUAUGCCAAUGAUGCCUGGUGUUGCAUCUGUUAGCCAUAAUAGAAGCCAGGAUUACAUGCCAAUGAAUCUUAAAAAUAUUUCUGCUCCAAAACAAAUUGGUUCUUUAUCACCAAGUCAAAUAGACUCCAGGGGAUAUAUGGUGAUGACCCCCAAUGAUAGCAGCUCUCCAGUGCGAUGCAUGUUUACGGAGUACAGUUCUAAACUCGGGAGCAACAAUGAAAAAUUAUCUAGUGAAUAUAUGGAUAUGUCCCAGAGAAACCUGACUACACAGAAAUUAUCCAGUGAUUGCUUCUAUAGUUUCAGUGGACCUGAUGCUUCUAAAUCCUACAGCUCAUAUUAUUCGUUGCCUCGAUCAUUCAAAACUCCUUCAGAGGAAAAUAGUGAGCAUGAUGAGUAUGUUCCUAUGUGUUCACCAGGAAAGUUGAUGUAUGGUGAAACAUCAGUGUUUACUGGCACUAUUAGUAACAGGGGUUUAGUUCAUGAUGCUUCUCAAUCUUCAAGGACACAAAGCCAAGAUGAGCGUGUUUUACAGAAAGGAAAGGUUGAGAGACCAACAAGAUUGUCCCUUGGUAUGCCAGAAGUGAACACUUUGCCAAGACUGUUUGAGCAUAGUUUGCUGCCAGAGCCAAAAAGCCCAGGAGAAUAUAUUAACAUUGCUUUCAAUGAAAAAGCUAGUAAUACACCAUAUUCUCUAUCAGCUGAAGGCUCCCCAUCUUCACUUGGCUCCAGUAGUGAACACAGAAGAUCUCCAUUGUCAGACUACAUGAGUGUUGAUUUAGAUGUACUAUCACCAAAGCCAGGUAUUCUUUCCUCAAAUCCUUUGACUAGUAUGACCAUUGCUUCAGGUUCUAGUAUAACCAGAAGCCAGCCAAAUGAUGCCUACAUCAGUGUUCCUCUUGGUGCCACAAGUGUCAACACACCUGCUGAGGUGGAUGAUUACACAGAAAUGACAUUUAAUUUGGCUGUAACAGCCUCUCGUCCUGUUUCACCCAAGUCGGACAGUGUAGAGGUGACAAGCCCUACAGCCAUUGUGAAGAGGUUGUGCAUUAUUGAUCAAUAUCCCAGUAUAAAUACAUUUCCUGUCUCCAAACCUCCUUCUGAUGCCAAUCACGGUCCGAAGGUAAUCCGUGCUGAUCCACAAGGAAGAAGGCGGCACAGCUCGGAGACAUUCUCAUCUACGCCCACAAUGGCACCCUCUUCUCCCUUUUUUGCUGAUGGUGGCAAAAGACAUAGUUCUGCUUCAUUUGAUAAUGUUUGGCUUAAGCCAAAUGACUGCCUUAGUGAUGAGCAUCGGAGUACCAUGUGCAGAAAUACGUCUGCUGGAUUUCAGAAUGGAUUGAACUAUAUUGCAUUGGACUUGAGGGAAGAUCACGGAUGUUGUGAAUCAAAUGGAAGUGUGCAGACUUCAAAUCCCCUCCAAAUUGCCAGCAGCGCAGACUCUAGAGGUUAUGCCAGCAUAGACUUUACCAAAUCAGAUGGGCUGAAAUAUGCAUCUACAACUGAAGAUUAAGUACAUCAACGUGGUUUAAAUCCGUGUCCACAGAGGAAAGGGCUGAAUGCACCUUUUUCCCAUGGUACCUACCAUGCAGUUUUAGAACUCACUGGAUGGAAUUGGUACUGUCUGAAACAGUCACCUUAUUGCAAGAAUACACAAGACCUAUUUCCCAUGAGGACGAAUGGGAAAAGCCAACGUGAAUCUCAACAGAAACACAAAUUGCUGCCUUUUUGGUACUUCCUUCAACAAAGACACCACUUCCUGCAAGUUUCAGCUGAGCAAAAAAGAAAAAGAGCCAUAGCUAAUGUGAACCUAUUUACCGAAGUGUUUUCAAUUUAAUUGCAUGUAAACAAGUAACAUUUUAAAUGUAUUUUUUUCUAAUACAGCAGUUCAUAAAAAUAUCUGCUAUUGAUCAUCUUUAAAAUGUUCCCCAGGACAAACCAUAAUGAGCUUUUUAUUUUGACUAGUGCUAUAAAGGUAAUCAAUUGGUGUGACUGCUACCCAUCCCUGAUGGAGCAUGAAAAAUGUUUCUCAAGUGGUUUGUAUACAAUGUUGCAACCAAUCAUGGAACAUCUAUAUCCCAUGCCAUACUUUAAAGUAUAUUCUGUUUUGCUCUGUAUCCAGAUUGGAGUAUUUUGGAGUGGUAGCAGAUUUUUAAAUUAACUCUUACCAAGGACUAGUGGGUUUACUAGCCCCUUAAGUACAUGCAUUGCACCUUUGAAAAACCAAUGUGAGGUAAUUGAACAGUGUCCCGAAGUAUUAAGCAGCUUUUCAGAAGAGUGUACAUAGUUCUUUGCUUUCUUUAACUUGUAAGUUUCAAGCGGUCAUGUUGCAAUUCUUGAGGCCAGCAGCCAAAUAGGCCAAAUUGUUAAACCUCAAGUGUGAAUAUAGCAUAGGCUGACUUAAAGUUUAAAUUUUUACA